GCCGGGCGCUUAAAGCCGGGCUGAGCCGCGCCGGGCCGGGCUGAGCCGCAUCGCGCCGGUCGGGGCUGGGCUGCGCCAUGAUUUUCGAUCGCCUCAAACGCUUCUCGAUCGUGCUGGAGGGCGCGGAGCGGGAUGGUCCGGCCGCUUUCAGCCCCGGGCAGGCGGUGUCGGGCCGCGUGGUGCUGGAGCUGGCGGCGGCGGCGCGGCUCGGGGCGCUGCGGCUGCGGGCGAUGGGCGCUGCCCGCGUCCACUGGACCGAGUCCCGCAGCGCCGGCUCCAGCACCGCCUACACGCAGAGCUACAGCGACCAGGUGGAGUUUUUGAACCACCGCGACACGCUGAUGGUACCCCCAGACAACGGUGAAGCCACUGUCCUGCAGGCAGGAAGGCACGAGUUCCCCUUCACCUUCCAGCUCCCCGAGACCUUGGCCACUUCCUUCGAGGGGAAGCACGGCAGUGUUCGCUACUGGGUGAAGGCCAAGCUGCACAGACCAUGGUCCACAGUGAAGAAAGCAAAGAAGGAGUUCACUGUGAUCGAACCCAUCGACAUAAACACCCCUGCACUGCUGGCUCCCCAGGCAGGCGCUAAGGAGAAACUUGCUCGUGCGUGGUACUGCAACCGUGGCCAGGUGUCUGUGACUGCCAAGAUCGACCGAAAAGGCUACACCCCAGGUGAGGUCAUCCCUAUCUUCGCUGAGAUCGACAACUGCACGAGCCGCGCCGUGGUGCCCAAGGCAGCCAUAAUCCAGACCCAGACCUUCGUGGCCAGGGGCACCAAGAAGCAGAAGAAGUCGGUGGUGACCAGCAUCACUGGGGAUGCCAUUCCAGCCGGGAAGAGGGAGGUGUGGCACGGGCGGGCGCUGAAGAUCCCGCCCGUGGGGCCAUCCAUCCUCCAGUGCCGCAUCAUCCAGGUGGAAUACUCCCUGAAGGUUUGUGUGGAUAUUCCUGGGACGUCCAAGCUGCUCCUUGAGCUGCCUCUUGUCAUCGGGACCAUCCCUCUGCAUCCCUUUGGGAGCCGCACCUCCAGUGUCAGCAGCCAGUACAGCGUCAACCUGGACUGGCUGAGCCCCAUCCCGGAGCAGCCAGAGGCCCCCCCUGAGUACUCAGCAGUUGUGUCCAGCCCCGAGGCUGAGCAGAGCCUGGCUCCACCGUGCCGCAGCGAGCUCGGGGACAUCCUGGAGGGUCCCUUCUUUGCCUACAUCCAGGAAUUCCGCUUCCGACCACCUCCACUGUAUUCAGAGGUGGAUCCGAACCCCACAUUGGACGGCAUCCGGCCACGCUGCAUGACCUGCUGAGAGGAGCACAGGGGCUGCGUUGGGCAGCGUGACGAUCCCUGGGGAUGGAAGGGAUGGAAGCUUGCACCCUCACAGCACUUGGGGCUGGAAACGGGGAUGUGACACCCCGCUCACCGCCCUCGGCCACUCCUGUUGUGACUGUCCACGGGCCCAGAGCGGGCACGGUGCCAGGGCAGGGCAGGGGGACACGAGGGGUGGCAGGGCAGAUGGCCCCCAUGGACAGCUGGGCAGGACACAGAGGGGUCUGAGCUGCCCCGGUGUUUUGGGGGUAGAACAGGGAUUACGAGCUGAGAUUGCUCUCCCCUUGCCUGCGGUGCUGUGCUCCCAAACACUUCUGUCGGCUCCUGGUGUGGAAAACAGGAGCUGGAAGGCGUUUCUCAGGAUUGCUGGAGAAUGUUUUGCUGUUGCUCAGGGUUGGGCCCUGGGGCGAUGCAGGCACAGCCCUUGGCCUGUGGCUCACCAGGACUGCGGCUCCUCGAGGCAGUGAAAGCUCCUUUUCUGGCUGGAUGAAGCAGAGGCCUCAGCCACUGCUGAUAAUCUUUGCCACAAACCCUCGGGUGCCUGCGGGGGGAAUGGUUUGAGCUGCUUAAACAAACUCUAAAGGCCUCUAAGGGCUGCUCAUGAGGUCCUGGGGGAUGAAUUUGUGGUGUGUGGCGGCGUUUUGGUGCCAUUUAUCAAGAACAGGAAAGGCAAUUCCUGAGUGUCAGUGUCAAACCUGCACAGUGUGCCAGUGCCUCCCCCGUGAUGGGGCUGAAACCAGCCCCAAACUGCUACCACCACGGGGGCUUGGAGCUGUGGCUGGUGGCCAAGGAAGAGAGAAGAAAGCCCCAAUCCCAGGGCUUCUGGGAGAUGUUGAUUUGGGGUGAAUCCUCCAGGGCUGGGAGUUUUGCUCAGGAUGGGCUUGAUCCUGUGCCCACAGAGGGGUUGGGGGCCCUGGUGGGGUGAGGACCCACAGCAGCCUGGGCAGGGCGAGCUGGGUGUUGUGCUGAGGACCCCUCAGGUGUGUGGGUGCCACGGGCUGACCCUGCUGGCUCAGGGAAACCUGAGCAGAAUUUGGGGGCCGAGGACCUUUGCAUUCCCUCACUGAGCCAAUCCUCGGCCGUGCACAUCCGAAGCCAGCGUGCCUUGGGCUCCACGCUGGGGUUGCUCAGAUGAGUCUUUUCUAUCUGUGAACACUUUUGUAAUGACCACUCUUUGUCUCUACUCUUUUUGUACGACUUUUUGGUGGGGAGUUUUUUUGUCUGAAAUAAAUUCUUUUA